CUUUUUCUUUGGCAAGAUGGCGGAGUACGACUUGACUACUCGCAUCGCGCACUUUUUGGAUCGGCAUCUGGUCUUUCCGCUCCUCGAGUUUCUGUCUGUAAAGGAGAUAUAUAAUGAAAAAGAAUUAUUACAAGGGAAGUUGGAUCUUCUUAGUGAUACCAACAUGGUAGACUUUGCUAUGGAUGUAUACAAAAACCUUUAUUCUGAUGAUAUUCCUCAUGCUUUGAGAGAAAAAAGAACCACAGUUGUUGCACAACUGAAACAGCUUCAGGCAGAAACAGAACCAAUUGUGAAGAUGUUUGAAGAUCCAGAAACUACAAGACAAAUGCAGUCAACCAGAAAAGUAACAAUACUACACAAUUACAUUGCUAACUUUUUUUCUUUUCAGUUUAGGCAGGAAUAUUUAGAUACACUCUACAGAUAUGCAAAAUUCCAGUAUGAAUGUGGGAAUUACUCAGGAGCAGCAGAAUAUCUUUAUUUUUUUAGAGUAUUGGUUCCAGCAACAGAUAGAAAUGCUUUAAGUUCACUGUGGGGAAAACUGGCAUCUGAAAUCUUAAUGCAGAAUUGGGAUGCAGCCAUGGAAGAUCUCACAAGGUUAAAGGAGACCAUAGAUAAUAAUUCUGUGAGUUCUCCACUCCAGUCUCUUCAGCAGCGAACAUGGCUCAUUCACUGGUCACUGUUUGUUUUCUUCAACCACCCUAAAGGUCGUGAUAAUAUUAUCGAUCUCUUCCUUUAUCAACCACAGUAUCUUAAUGCGAUUCAGACAAUGUGUCCACAUAUUCUUCGCUAUUUGACUACAGCAGUUAUAACAAACAAGGAUGUUCGAAAACGCCGGCAGGUGCUAAAAGACUUAGUCAAAGUUAUUCAACAGGAAUCUUACACAUAUAAAGACCCAAUUACAGAAUUCGUUGAAUGCUUGUAUGUUAACUUUGACUUUGAUGGGGCUCAGAAAAAACUGAGGGAAUGUGAAUCUGUGCUCGUGAAUGACUUCUUCUUGGUGGCUUGUCUUGAAGAUUUCAUUGAAAAUGCCCGUCUCUUCAUAUUUGAAACUUUUUGUCGCAUCCACCAGUGUAUUAGCAUUAACAUGUUGGCAGAUAAACUGAACAUGACUCCAGAAGAAGCUGAAAGAUGGAUUGUAAAUUUGAUCAGAAAUGCAAGACUCGAUGCCAAGAUUGAUUCUAAAUUAGGCCAUGUGGUCAUGGGUAACAAUGCAGUCUCACCCUAUCAGCAAGUGAUUGAAAAGACCAAAAGCCUUUCUUUUAGAAGCCAGAUAUUGGCCAUGAAUAUUGAGAAGAAACUUAACCAGAAUAGUAGAUCAGAGGCUCCUAACUGGGCAACUCAAGAUUCUGGCUUCUACUGAAAAACUGUAAAGAAAAGAUGAAAAAACCAUAAAAGAAAGAUGAAAUAUUAAAACCAUUAUAAUAAAGGGUAACAUACAUUUUAGAAAUAAUUAAAUAUUGAAUAUAAAUUUUGGAGAAUUUGAAUAAAAUUAGCCAUGGUGCAUUUUA